UUCUUUUUUUGUUUGGCGAAAGCAGGUGUGACUGAGCAAGCUGCAGUGUAAGCAGCAUCACGAAAGUCUGCGGAAAUGAAAAUAAAAAAUGGCGACCGCUGUGUAUUUGGAACAUUACCUUGACAGCCUGGAGACGCUGCCAUCCGAACUUCAGAGAAAUUUCAAUUUGAUGCGAGAUCUUGACACUAGAGUGCAGGGACUUUCUAAGAACAUUGAAAAGUUGUCCCAGGCAUAUAUGAGUAAUGCUAAAAAUUAUACGGCAGCUGAACGGACAGAACAUUUGGAAAAUGUCCGGAAAAUGUUCGAGAAAGCCAAGGAAUAUGGUGACGACAAGGUUCAAUUGGCCAUGCAGACAUAUGAAAUGGUGGAUAAGCACAUCAGACGUCUUGAUGCUGAUUUAGCCCGGUUCGAGGCAGAGCUCAAAGACAAGGUUUUAAACGUCCAGGGGAGUGACUCGGAGAGCGCGACAAAAAAGCGGGGAAGAAAAACACAAGACAAAUUAGAGAAAAAGAAGAGUAAGCGUGGACGCUCCAUGUCAUCAGAUGAUGAAGUUCCGAAACCCUCACGCAAGAAGCUCAAGGGUCAGGUCUCCCAACCAACAGAUGUUCCCCUCCUACAGUCCAUCAGUAUAUCGCAUCCCUCUGAUGUGCUUGACAUGCCUGUGGAUCCAAACGAGCCCACCUAUUGCCUUUGUCACCAGGUCUCCUAUGGGGAGAUGAUUGGGUGCGACAAUCCUGAUUGUCCAAUUGAGUGGUUUCACUUCACCUGUGUCGGCCUCACAAGCAAACCCAAGGGAAAGUGGUUCUGUCCCAAAUGUUCCACUGAGCGAAAGAAGAAGUGAUUGCCUCCACAAGUGUUGCAGUAUCUCGGACUCAAUCC